UUAGCAAAAAGGACGAGGACAACAUUUCCAUAAAAACUGCAGACAAGCUGGCAAAAACCCAACUCAAGGCAACUACCUACGACGGAUAUACUACAACAAACAUACUCCAAGCAUAUACUAUAUCCUUUUUGUACAACAAAGACACAGAAAUAUCCGAUCCGAUCAGUAAGGCAAUACAGAAGAUGAGGCAAGCAGCUCUAACCCAUAAAUGGAUUAACUUAGAAU